ACGGUAAAUUGUUCCAUAAAAAUACAAUUCUGUUAAAGUAUGAGUUUCGGAAGAGGGCGGUUUUGCACAGGUUUGGACGAAGAUUACCAGAACUGGAACUCGAACGAGUGGAGUGGUGAAGAGGUUUGGUAAUGUCGUGGUUGAUGUCAAGUUCGUACAACCCAGAUUUCCAUUUGUAGAGGAAUAUGAUGUCUUUAAUUUCAUACCAGGAUGAGAAGGGGAUUAGAUUCAGUUUUUUCAAGCGACCCGCAACGUACGACAAUUCAUAGUUCUGAAGAAUAAACUUUGUUGCUCGACGUCGAAUUCCUUCGUACCUUGAUGAGCCCAGACUUCGCAACCAAACGAUAAGUGAGAGCGGACCAGAGCCAAAAAUGCACGUCAGUGAGGUGGAAACAAUUGCGUCGCAGAAACUCGAGCAUUCUGUUGCCUUUAGAAACGAUAUUGAUGAUGUGUUGAGACCAUCUUAUAUUGUCGCUCACCAGGAUACCCAAAUGCCUUGUGUGGGGGACGACUUUAUAAGUUUCUGGUUUAGCGAGUAGUCUUGAAGUGGAACGAAGGUUUUCUUUCGCGAAAAUCUGAGAGCAACACACUUCUAGGCAUUGAAAUUUAAGUCCCACAUCUUAGACCAUUGGUGGAGGGAAUUUAGGGCAUCCUGAAGAAGAUCUCCGUAUCUCGUGGUUGGGUAAUUCUGUGGUGGUUAUAACUGCAUGUGCAUAUCAGACUGAUUGAGUGGUAUCAGUGUUUAUGCUGUAUUUUAUGGAAUUAUCUUUGACUAUGUUCGUGUUAUAAAAUGUGUCUUGUAUAGACUGUGUAUCAAAAAAAUAUUUUUAUAAAUAUUGCUGCUACCUCAUUACUUAAUGCAUGGAGGCCGAAAAAAAAGAUAAAGCCGUGAUUGUAAAUAAUAUACCGCCUGAUAUAUACGCAUUUCCUUGAGGUUGAAAAAUUAUGAACCAUUGAAUUAAAAGUAUACGUAUUUUCAAAGAUACAUCUUCGACAGUUUUAAAGUGAGCAUCCAGUCUUUGUUUUGCAGUGUCCACAUGUUUACAUUGUUGGACCAGGAACUGGUCCCCAAUCGCUGCUAAUCUUGUUGUUGUUGUUGUUGUUGUUGUUGUUGUUGUUGUUGUUGUUGUUGUUGUUGUUGUUGUUGUUGUUGUUGUUGUUGUUGUUGUUGUUGUUGUUGUAAGGGGGCGACGGUCUUUGAAAAAACCCUAAGGCUCCGUCAUUACUUGUCUGAUCGGAAUGAAAUUUGACACAAGUAUUCUAAGCAAUAUUCCGCAUCGAUUGACGGUGUUCGAUUUUUCAUUUUUGACUUUAGAAGCAAGAUACAAGCAAUUUUUGACUGUAUUCGUAGCAAAUAAUAUAUACAUAUCAUUAAUAUGCAGCAAACGAUAAAAAAGACAUUGUCUUGUCUAUUGUUGUGAACACAAUCACAAUAGUCUAAAGCUUCUCAAGAAUGUGAACGACUAAUUAUAACAAUUAAUUAUAAGCGUUAAGUUGACUAGAUUUAACACGCUGGCUUAGUUUCUCAAAGCGUAGUGGAGUAAUAUUGCUAUCUGGCUGUCAUAUAAUAUUCAUAGUCCGAUAGAAAAUCGUGAACCGUAAAAACAAAGACAUGAAAAUUUGUUUUUAGCACAAGCAUGCAGUUAUGAAGCCAUGACUAUAAGCGAGAUGAAAUUGCAUUAACCUGGCAACAAUUCAGAUAAUUUGUUACCUUAACUUAUUUUGUAAUUAAUGGCAGGCACGGCAAGGCAAAAUUUGAUGUACGGCAAAAGUUAGCUGACUUAGGCACGGCAUGUUUAUUCUAAAUAUUGUGGGACAUUUAACUUAUCUAUCGAAUUCAAAUGCGAGGAAAUACUUUUGAAAACUGCGCAUUUUAGUUAUCUAUGCUUUGUCCAGAUUUACACCUCAUUUAGGCUAUAUACACACGGCACUAGACACAUUUUGCCCGGAUAAAGUGUAUCUUGCAUGACCAAAUUAAAGCAAAACAUUUAGCGAACUCAGUCUACGUUGCAAACUUCGAGAACAUUAGUUUCACAAGUGUCUAGUUAUUUGUUUAUCAAGUCAAAAUCUCGAAGGUUUUGAACGUUUAACGAUUUGCACAAGAUCGAAACUGGGUCGCGCAGUUCCUGGUCCACUAUAGUACGAUCGUACUUGUUAUUUGUGACAAAAAGUUACGUUUCAAAAUUUGGCGCGUAGCCUACUAUUAGUAAAUCGGCACAAAGUUUAUCAACGUUUGCAAACAACAAAUCUAAUGGCAUAGUUUAGAAACCGAUAAAAGUGAAAACAUACAAACGUUGACGACUGACUACUUUGAUAUGAAAAUAUGUUUGUGCCGUGAAUACCCAACUUCAAAGUAUACAUUUUAUUUGUUUGUUGACACUUGACACUUGACCAGUGUUUUUGUAAUUUAAAAGCAAACAGAAGUAUAAAAUAGAAGUUAGCGGGCGCUUCGAACUAUGUAUCGUAACAUCCAACUCCUGGUAUUUGAAAUUUAACGUUUUCUGUGGAAGCAUGUAAUUUGAUACUUUGCCACUCCUUUUUUGCGCAAUUAAUUUUUGUAAAGUCACUUGACCAGCCGAUACCAGGGUCCUUCCACAGGGGCGCUGCGCUACAGGUGGUGGCGGGGGAAGGGUGUGUGUGUGUGUGUGGGGGGGGGGGUGCAACACCACCCCACACUGGUCAGUAGAUCGGCAAAUUGUUAUCUCAGUCGGCAAAACUGGAUUGGCUAAAGGUAACCACUGAAGAAACCAAAAUUGACUUCCUGAAUAAUUGAAUUCAUGCAAACGGAAUAUCACGAAUAGCAUGCAUCAAAGAAACCACACAUGCAGCAACGCAAAUUCUUUCGAACACAGUAUCUUCACUUCUUCCAGUCGAACCUCGUACCCAGGCUCUUUCCACUACGCGCCUCGCUGGAGGAAAGAACCUGGUCCAGGCUGGUUACGUGUCUCCUAGAUUUUGGGAGAUAACAAAAUUUACAUAAGGGUGGGGCUAAAUUUGUGUUGCCGAUCUAGUUGCCGAUAUUAAUUCGAUAAAGUUCAGAGAGUGUGCAUUUUAACAAAUACAUGUAAUUUUAACGAAUAGCAAGAGCUUGUUUGCAAAAUCAAUAAGUGAGAUGUCUUUGUAUAUGUAUUCUUUGUGGAUUAUUGCACCUGCGACGUGGCUACGCAAGAUCUGCAUACUGGAGUCUUUCAGUUUCAUAUUGGGAUAACCGCAAAGAAUUACUAGGAAAGGAUUUGUAAUAUACUCAAGGACAAGCAAAGAACAUUUGCCUAGCAGCCAAAAGCGAGUCUAUUGUAAAUUGCCGUAAAUUUUAAUCAAUUAGUGGAACGACUCGAUAACACGACAUAUAUAUAUAUAUAUAUAUAUAUAUAUAUAUAUAUAUAUAUAUAUAUAUAUAUAUAUAUAUAUAUAUAUAUAUAUAUAUAUAUAUUUUUUUUUUUAUAUGUAUAUAUAUAUAUAAUUCAGUCAAGGUUUGAAUGUUUGCGUCGCUACUCUGAGUUUCACGCUUUACGCGAUCAUCAGGCAACUGACAGAUAUUAUUCAAUAUUCAUAAUAAAUAUAGGUUAUCAUUUUACAACUUGAUUAAGCAGGUAUCUGAUUACAUGUCUACAUACAAUAAAGUGGUCCAUUAUGAAGAAAGUCAAAGCAUACAAACCAGGAUCUAAACGGUGCAAUUUAUGCCUCGAGGAGAAACUACUUAUUAUGAAAGCGAAACUGAAUGCCUGAACAAACGCUCUGACUUGUUUUCCAAAUGUAGACAUGUAACCAGAUACCUGCUUAAUCAAGUUGUAAGAUGAUAACCUAUAUUUAUUAUGAAUAUUGAAUAAUAUCUGUCAGUUGCCUGAUGAUCGCGUAAAGCGUGAAACUCAGAGUAGCGACGCAAACAUUCAAACCUUGACUGAAUUAUAUAUAUAUAUAUAUAUAUAUAUAUAUAUAUAUAUAUAUAUAUAUAUAUAUAUAUAUAUAUAUAUAUAUAUAUAUAUCAUCCCAUGAGUACUGUCUUAUUGAAAUACGACGAAUAUUUCGAAAUGUAUUUUUAAUUCUUCAUGCACACAUGUUUUUAAUAGAGAGCUUGGCGAGUAGGCGUUCAUACGCUAAAAGACAAACGAUGGGCAAAAGAAGAAAUAAGCUAUAUAAUGCAAUAGAGAGUAAAUAAACUUGCUAUUUUAAAACUGUAUGUAUAAUGAUUCUUUUGAUAUAAGAAAGAAAAUAUGAAGCGAAGACAUUGAUAAUAUAUUUCACUGGGGAAACAAUCGACUGCAAAUAAAUACGCAAACAAUCGACUGCAAAUAAAUACGCUCCUAUAAAUACCCAAAACUGAUAUAGGAUUUAUUAGAGAGAAUAUCGAGCUAAAUACUCUGUAUAUUAACGUACUUAUUUAUUUUUAUUCUUCAUUGAACAUGUUCAGUUCAACAAAAUUAGAAAAUCGACCACAAAGUAGGCCUACUUUACGCGAAUAUAAACAGCGGUUAUUUUAUAAUCGCUGACAAAUAUCAAUUAAAAUCGAAUCACGAUUCUGGUUAAACCAGGCAAAUGUUCUGACGAAUAUAACACUCAACCGCAAUUUUCUGAGGAUUCUGCCUAUUCUUGUGGAUAUGUAUAGAACUAAACCCGAGACUGUGUCGUUGAGUGAGCUUCGAACGGAGCCAAAAAUAAAUAUUAUGAACAAUCACCUUUACUUUAAAAUAAUUUGGCUCCACAGGAUUUUUUAAAAAUUGUCAAAAUAAUUGACUAUACUAAGAGAAAUCAUUUUUUUAAAUGAAAUUUGGGGGUCACCGAUCUCGUUUAUACGAGUUAAAUUACUUUAAAACCAAAAUAUCCGCCAUCUUGAAAUGUCAUUGUUGCCAUAGCAACUGCAGUUGCGUAAAUUUUGUGCAAAAAUUCAAACUCUUUAAGCCUGGCGCACACGAUGCGAUUUUAGUCGGCCGAUAAAAAUCGUUUGACUAAAACUUUGUGUGCGCUGUAACCUAUUUUUGUUGCUCGAUUUUAAUCGGACAACAUCAAAACGUUUUGAUUUUAUCGGUGGAAUUUUAAGUAUAACCAAUCAGAUUUCAUGCUGUGAACACGUGCUUGUAUUUAUUUGGCAACAUGGCGACUACAGUUCAGGGAGCGUAUUUUUUUCUUAAUCGUGUGCGUAGUAUACCGAUUUAUAUCGGUAUGUCAAACGAUUUUUAUCGGCCGACUAUAAAUCGCAUGGUGUGCGCCAGGCUUUAGAUGUUGUUUUAUAUAGUUAAGCUACCUUUUGUUUAUCAAUAAAGGAAUACCGAAUGGUUUCCGUGUAGGAUUGCGUGAUCCAUGCACGCGGGAUGUUGCGAGACUUUCGGAAAGCGUGAAAAUCGGCGAGUGUAUGUUUAUACCGCGCUUUCCGAAAGUCGAGCAACAUCCCAAGUGCAUGGAUCAUGCUAUCCUGCACGGGAAAACCAUUUGGUAAUUGUUUUAUAAAAUUACUACAGUGAAACGACGGUUAACCUGAUUCAAAUUACUGAUGAAAUGUGCAGUUCUCACAACAAUCGUGAAUUAACCAAUCGGAGAAUCGCUAUUCCACGCUAUUGAAAACAACAACAAAUGUGAACAGAAUUUGAUCACAAAUUCGCAAAAAUAUACAGCGAAAAUACACAGACUUUUACGAUAAGAUAUACGAAAUUUGGAAUGGAAAACCCGCUAAACAGAGAGCCAAAGUAGUUUUGAAGAUUCUCGACCUGAAUACUUGAAGAUUGCGAUGUGUAUGAACUUUGAAGCGAGAGAUGUUGUACUUGCCAUUGUCUGAUGAAUGUCUACUUGCUGAACAGCAAUGUAUCGAUCAGAAAUUUAUUCAUACAACUAAACCAACGACUCAAUAAUUGCAAAUUUACUUCAAAGUCGAAAGGUAUGGUACAAUGAAACUUUACAAUGCGAGUAAAUUUGUAAAAUUAUAUGCAUGAAUUUCUGUUCAGAAUUUCCCUUGCAGGAUUGUCUGAAACAUUGCGUGUUUCACUGUAGUUAUUAUAUAAUAACUAAUAAUUGUCCAAAAAUAUGCAUCUAAGUCGCGAAUUUUCCAAUUUUUUAAAAACUGUAAUGAGCCGCCUUUACGCCUUAAUUGAUGGAAUAGAUCUUUUUAUUUCUAUUUCUUUAUCUUCCCAACUGCAUGAGUUUAUAACAAUCAACGUUUAAAAUUAGCAUAUUUAUUCAAUUUGCUAGGAGGACCUCAUAGGAUCGUUGUAUUAUUGCAUGUAAAUUUUAAUUGAAGUAUAAUAGCAAAUUCGACAGCUCAAGAUAUAUCCAUUAAUAUAUACGUACAACUUUGCAUUUAGAUAUAUCUAUUAAUUAGUUAUUAUUAUUAAUUACAAUCACAUAUUGAUCAAUGCCCAAUUAAAAAGUUCGAAAUUUGCAUUUAAGAAAACAUUAUGUCUUUCUAACCACCAGUGGCGUGCUGGCAGGGAGGGGCCGGGGGGCCACGGCCCCCCCAGCUGGCAAUUUUUUUGGGGCGCAAAAAUGAAAAGGGGGCGCCGAUCCCGCGCCGAAUUUUGAAAGUAGGUGGGAAGAAACGCAUUCGAAAAAAUAUAGUUGCUAAUUCCGCCAAGGAAAGAUGUGUUUAUUGACUUAUAAACAGACUAAGCGCAUAGGCGACAAAGUGAGUAUAUUAAAUUGCAGACUAUUUUGUCUAACCGUAUUUGCUACCUCACGACUCACACGAAAUCACUCGUUCAUAUAGAAACAUGAUCAGUGAUCACACGCAAUGUCUCAUUACCGGAAUAUUGAUCAGGCUUCGAAGCGAUCACGGGAAUUAUGCCCUUUUUUGCUGGUAUUAUACCCUUAUAUUAUGCCCUUUAUUAUGCUUCACGAAUCACGAGAGCGGCGCAAAUUAGAUAGUUGAAGUUAUUACAAUGUAAAGUUGUGUAUGCAAUUUAGUUGUUUGCGCAAGAAACAUUAUGAGUAAUGUAAGUAAUCAGAUAAUGAUGAAACACGCCCUUUUGGCAGCCAGGCAAGGAAACCUUAAAAUGCAUAUGCGUGGGUUCCGUGUGUUAUUGUAUAAAAGAGCUGUAAGUUGUAAAUGUAUUCAGAUCAGUAGAGAAUAAAAUUGGGAUUAGAUUAAUUUCUGGAAUUAAGUGCUGCUACUAAUUUCUAACCAAUUUUCAAAUUUCGACACGUUGUAAUGCCCUUUCCUGACCAUCAGAUUUCUGUCAAAUCUUCCCCCAAAGUCCAGGAAAUGACAUUUCAGAGACUCUAGAUUCAAAAAUUUGCCUGGGCGGGCAUGCCCCCGGACAGCCCUAGAACAACCCCGCACCUGCGGCGCUCGGCUCGUGUCUUCGACCCUCGUUUAUCAAGGGUAAUAUUAUAGGGGCGCAUAUUAGUUGCCAGACGACUGGCCCCCCCAGAAAAAUAGUACCCAGCACGCCACUGAGACUACUAUUUAAUUCAAUACAAAGGAAGGGAAUCAGAGAGCAACGAAACAUUUCAUCGUCAUUUGAUUGACAUGUUUACGCUCAGCGAGUACAUUUCUUUCGGUUAGGAGUUUUCCCCGAGAUUAAUUCGUACAUUCUAUAAUAUAAAACGAAACUUUAUAUAACAGUUUAAGGUAAACAAACCAAUGAAAAUUAUGUCUGUAGUAUGACUAAUUCUGAAUUUUCUAAUUUCUUUGAGACAUUAUAUUUACAGGAGGUAAACAAAGCGAAUAGAGCGAAGUUCGUAUGUCACAAUCAGGACUCAUGGCAUUGAGGCGCGCAGAAUUCGAACACACUGGACACACUGGUAUUGAAUGACUAUCCUUGAAGCCAAACUGUACAGUCAAACAAUUUCAUUCGAGUGCAAAACCAAAGAAUAAUGAUGAAAGACAUAUAUUUACAUAAUCAAGCUUCAUUCAGUGUAGUGUAAGGUGGUUUUAUUUGUUAAUAUCAAGAAUUAUGUUUACCGAUAAAGUAUGCUCGAUUUCGACACAUUUUCAAAUUUUACAAAGUUUGCGCGCUUGUCAUUUUUGUCAAAUGGUAGAACAGAAAGAUAUUAUUGGCGAUUUGUGUUGACUAAUGUUAGUAGUUUAUAGAAAAGUUAAAGUCAUGUGCCAAUCAAGUGCCACGAUUUUGAAAUAAGCUUUCGAAUUUGACAUAUUUUGAGACGAUAUCCUUUACCGUUCAGGAGGGUCAAUAACUGCGCUGUUUUCUAUUUUAUACCAAAGAAUAAUUAACUAAGUCAUAUCACCCGCGAAAAUAGAAGGAUAAGUCUAUAUUUCUGAGCAAAAAUUUUAAAAUUUAGGUAUGAAUUUGAUUUAAAAAAUAGCGCUGAAAAUAUGUCGAUACUGGCCUUCAUUCGGAGUAUCAAGUUGGUUACCAGUCGAUCGAACAUCAAUCGCCCCCCAAAAUAAUUUAAAGGAAAUUUGAGUAAAAUGACAUCGAUUUUAGUUGUUCCCAAGGAUAGAUCUUCAAAAUACUAGAGUAUGAAAGAAAUCUAUUUUUGAGCCCCAUACUGACCUGGAGGUUUUUACGGAGACAGCCUCUUAUAUAUCUGAUCACAACAUUUAGUUGUAUUUCAUGCAUAUAUGACAUAGUUGUAUUUGUGGCAACUGUCCUGUUUAUAGGUUCAAUAAAAAUGUAUUAAUUAACCCCUUUAAAUGGCAUAAUGCACCCUGAUGCGCCCUACUUUGGUAUUGUAGUCUAAUGCGAGACGAUUUUACUCGUCAAGUGGAGAGUGCUGCCACUCAAUGGGUUAAAACAAUCUGCCCACCAUCCUCUCAACCUUUAAGAAGUGGCAAUGCACACUGAUACGCCCUACUUUAGUAUUUUAAUCUGUCUAAUGCCAGACAAUUUUAUUCGUCUGAGAGUGCUGCCACUCAUUGGGUUAAAACAAUCUGCCCAUCAUCCUCUCAACCUUUAGGAAGUGGCAAUGUACACUGAUAGCCCUACUUUAGUAUUUUAAUCUGUCUAAUGCCAGACAAUUUUACUCGUCUGAGAGUGCUGCCACUCAAUGGGUUAAAACAAUCUGCCCAUCAUCCUCUCAACCUUUAAGAAGUGGCAAUGCACACUGAUACGCCCUACUUUAGUAUUUUAAUCUGUCUAAUGCCAGACAAUUUUACUCGUCUGAGAGUGCUGCCACUCAACAGGGUUAAAACAAUCUGCCCAUCAUCCUCUCAACCUUUAAGAAGUGGCAAUGCACACUGAUACGCCCUACUUUAGUAUUUUAAUAUAGGGCCCUGAAGAGGUAAAAUGGGAACUGGGAUUGAUCUAUUUUUAGACUGGGAAAAUGGGAUCUGGGUUGCUGGGACUGGGAUUUGGCCACUGGGAAUGGGAAAUGAAGUCCUCAAAAAUGGGAAUGGGAUUGAGGUAAUGCGAGUCGAUUCCCAAUUUUUCUACAUUUUAAGUGUUUUAAAAUAUAAUUUUGAUCCGUUUUCGGUGUCUUUGGUCAUGAUUUUUGUUGUUAGCUAUAUUAUUCACAGCACUACCUGCGAACAGGCAUACUCUGGCGCCCGGAAUUCUGGGUUUUCUGAUUAUGCGUGUCUCAGAAUGCUGCAAAUGCCAUUUCCGGGAUUCAUAUUUUAAAAUUUUCUGUGCCUUCGGCACGAGCCCCCCCCCCACCACCCCCUCCCCAUGUUUCAUAAAGUGUCCACCACUUGCACACACGGUGGCUUAAAACGUCUUAAAACUGUUUAUUCUACCGAUGAAUAAAGGGUUUUUUAUUGACUGGGAUUUCAAUAACUCGGACUGGGAUUUCUAAUAAAAAUCCAACUGGGACUGGGAUUUUGCCAAAAUUUCAGGUGGGAAAUGGGAUUGGGACCACCCCUUCAGGACCUUCACUCAAUGGGUUAAAUUCCACUCAAAAUUUCCAUCUACAAAUUCCUUCCAAAUAUAUUUACCCUUUUGUUUGUUUAGGCUGUACUUUUGUUGGCUUUAUUUACCACUACCUUGGCCCGCAGUCCUCUCUACAACCUUUUCAGGCGUGACGUCAAGGGUAGUGCUGAAGGUAAAAGAGACGGUAUAUUAUCCUUACUGAUUUAUAGACUUUUAAUAUACUUGUUCUUUAAUGUUGUUAGAGAUUAUAAGAAUUCUUGCUAAACUCUUCUUUUUAUAUUUCUUUUUAUAGGUAACGACAAGUAAGUAGUUGAUUUUUUUAAAUAUGAUAUGCCUGUGAACCGUUGAACUAUUGAAUGUGUUAGGCUAGUAUAUACAGGGCCAUUGCUCGACAUUUUUGUCAUGUGAUUCUUUAUAUGCUGAGAUGCAAACGAAUUAUAAGUUAUUAUAUAUAAGAGGCGAUGCAUGAAAACCAUUCAAAGCCCAAAUAUGUUUGGCGUAUUUUGUCUUAGCAUUAUCUUCUAUUUCAUACAGUUAUAGUUACCUUUUCAAAUGUAUCUGCCGGCUCAAAAACAUGGAACAAUACAAAAAAGUUAAUGUGCUAUAAUAUUAUAUUGAUGCCAGAUUUAUACAGCAAUAUAAGCAAAACUUGCUGAACUUCAAUCAGGUGCAACUUCCCCUCCCCUCCCCCACCCCAGAAAAUUUACCUAUUAUACUACCAUAAAUUUUGUAGACAAUAUUAUAUAAAUUAUUUUGUGUUCUUUCGUUUUAAUUAAAGGGGUGUCAAAAAGAUUGAGAAGGAAAUUGACGAAGAAAUUGAAAUUGGUGAAGAACUGGCAAAGGACAUUGGAAGAGAGGUUAGUAUUCGAUACUGCAUGUCGCCUUCACCAAACCGACACCAAGAUAGUGACGAUACCUCAACACGUGCAUAUACUACUGACUUUAUACAGCGUGUAUAAAAAAGUGCAUGCACAGUUCUAAAAUGCCCACUAAACUAUUUCGCAGAAUUUGUGACAACUGAAAGGUAUAAAUUUCGAAUGACUUGCGCACAAAAAUGGAAGGUUAGAGACGAAAUUUAAAUUAACAUGCAGGAUACAAAUUUGCAAGGUGUUUUAUGAACUAUCGAAAUUUGCACCCAUUGAAUUCAAAUUGCGUUUUAAAUUUUCCGUUUUUGUGCCAAGCUAUGACUCUGAAAAACAGCCUUGCCGCUCGCAAAAUUUUGUUUUUAGAUUUUUUAGAACAAUUGGUGACAGAGAUACCAGAAGGAACCCAAACUAUCCAUGCUACUAAUAAUAAAGUUGUCAAAAUUUUGCGGAAUUUUUAGUUUUAAUAAAUUAGUUUAAUUAAAACUGUUUUAUACACCCAUAUGUAUACAGUAAAAUCUUCAUAAGAACCACUACGCUGAAAUACAGACAACUAAAAAUUAAAGUACUUAAUGUAUCAUUCAUAAAUUAUACAAUGAAUUAAUUACCCAUCAGUUUACUCUGCUUGGCAAAGCAACUGCAAACGUUUGAAAAACAAGUUUCUCACCCAAUUGUUGUCUAAAAUAUAACCAAAAUUUAAUCAAUUUGCUUUUGAGCAAUGUCGCAUAAAUUUUCGUAAAAUAUGUUUUACUAUUUAACGUUUUAGGAGAACAAAAAAGGGGACGGUGACAUAGCAGUUUGUGCUCUUGGUAAGAAUUAAUUAUUACGAUUGUGACAAGUGACACAAUGCAUGUAUAAUCAGGGACGUAGCGACCGGGGGAGGUGGGGGCUGCAAACUCCACCCGACUGUGAAACUCAUGCAAAAAUCAGGUAAAAUUCAAGUUAAAAUUUUGACAUUUUUAGGUAAAAUUUGCGUAAUAACUUUACAUCCAAUGCGACAGCGAAUUUUUAGAAAUUCAAAAAUGUAAAAUUUUCUGGGGUAGGAGCAAGUGAAUUUUUAACAUUGAAGUUAUAAUUUCAGGUAAAAUGUUUAUCUUCCGACACCCCAAUUUCAGAUGCUACGCUACGUUCCUGCUUGUAUGUUAAAUCAGUUUGCAUAUUAUCAACCUCAAUAUUUAAGACGUAUUGCCUUAUUCCGCCUGAUCCCGACCUAACCUUUAUAUCAUAACCAAAGCUAUUCCCAACACUGAUCCAACCCAGUCCCAAACUGACUUCCCAAACAUUUGUUCCAUAAUACACUUCAAUAAUUACAGCGGCUAUAUUACAGCAAUAAAAUACUUCAUGAAAAUCGUAACUUUAAUCUAAUUAUACCUUAGAACUCUUGAAGGACGUUGGUAAUUUCUUCGAAGGAAAAGGUUGGUUUUCAUCCUUAUGAAUUUCACUGACUUUUCUCGGUUGUAAAUUUUCCUUAGUCGCAUGCGAGGAACGCAGCCCAAUUUGAUUCUACCACGAACCAUGGCCAGAAAUCACGGACAUGAUUAUUCUACUUCCUUACAAACUUUGCAUAUCAUUAAUAUACAUAACCCGUUGAAAUAUGGCUUCGAUAGUAAACAGUAAAUUAUAUUACGCGAUGCUUUAAAUCGCAAAAUCAGAGAAUAUUGGUAGUCGUUUGCAAUUUGCCUCGAUUGCUGGUUGCAGAACACGGUCUGUUGAAAUAUAUCGUGUAGUGUUUGCCUGGUGUAAGUUACUGCCUAUUCUGCAUUUUCGUUUGUUUCUAGUGGCUACAGUGAGGUAUUCUUAUAUAGAGUUAAAUAGACAAAUUCCGUACAAACUAUAACCUCUGUACAAAUACUGAAAAUGCAGAAUGGUCUCUAACUAAAAUCAAGUCAACAUUACGCUAAAUACUUCGACAGUCUUUGAUUUAUAGCCAGCGACUGAGGCAAGUUGCAAACGACCUACCAUAUUCUCUGAUCUUGGGAUUUACCAAGGUUGGGUAGUAGCGAAGUAGUGAUAGUUCGCUACUGUAGCGAACUACAAUUUUCAAGUAGCCAGUAGUUUCUGACUACUUUUUUAAAACAGUAGCUGUAGUUAUAGCGAACUACAUUUUGCGUAUAGUAGCCAAGUAGCUGACUACUUUUCGAACAGCGAAUCGCUAUUCGCUACUUUUUAAAAUUGUUAGCAACUUGAUAGAAUAGCAUGAUAUUGAGACACGGUUUGUUUAAAAUCAAUACUCAAUACUCAAUUUUCACGCCUGAACACUGUAGUGCUUUCAGAAAUGUUGCUUUGUGUUUACUGUUGCCACUCGUAUAAGUGGAUUUGUUUUUGGUUACAUUUCAGCCUGAGUUAGUAGAUGCUCCAAAUACAGUAAAACUAAAAUAUAUAGCGUAGCGAAAUAGCGAAAUAGUUCGCUACAUAUUUUAAGCAGUAGCCUGUAGUCAGUAGCGAACACCCUUUGUUCAAAAGUAGCAGUAGUUGUAGCUGGCUACAUAUUUUUGAAGUAGCUGCAGUUAUAGCGAACUACAAAAAAAUUGUAGUCAACCCAUGGAACCUUGGGAUUUACAGCAUCGCGUAAUAUAAUUUACUGUUUACUGCAGAAGCCAUAUUUCAACGUGAUAUGCAAUUUAGUAACAUUAAAUUCAUCGAACCAAUAACGGAUGACCUUUUUGGACUGCUAGGGAAAACUGUUUGCAAAUGAAUUAGUUAAGUUUCCAGCUCCUGUAGUAACAAAUGAAAUAAUAAAGGGAUGUCGAUCCUUACAUGCAUGACCUCUGUAUCGGACCAUAUUGAUAAAGUUGAUUCAAUUCCUUGAAUAGCAACAUCGAUUAACAAGGAGGGCUUUUAGUACUGAACUUCUUGAGAAAACACUUUAGCCUGAAUUGGGAGGGAGUUUCGCAUUGACAAAGCGAUGUUGUGACCUCUUUUCUCCAAGUUCAAUGUUGUGAAAAAUGUCGAAACAACUUUGCCAAUUUACCAGGACACCAGCUCAACAUUGAAUUGUGGGAAUGGGGGCAUAAAAAGCGCAGCUCAGCAACAUGAAUACAUGAUUUUAUAUGGAAUUAUUCAUAAGGGGUAUGCAAAUUUUGUGUGGAGAGGAAUUAGAUAGUCUCAACCAGUUAUGUCAAAUAAUGAAGAAUAAGAGUUAGUAACUAAUUUAAGAGGAAGAACUGACAUUACUUAAAGACGUUUACCCCGUUGACUGAAGCUGAAUUUCACACAAGGUGUGGCCUGCGUGUCGUGCUUUAUGCUUGAAACAGAGCCUGUACUGAAGCCAACAAGGAGUGGCUUUAUGCAUAGGCUGUGUACUAAUCAUACGCAAAAUGUCCACUGGUCAGAAAUGAAUAGCCUUGCCUUUUAAACUAAAAGCAAAGUUCAAACUUUUGAAUGAUAGUUUUUAAGGUGCAUUUCUGCCUUUUUAAUUGAAAAAACUAAAUAGGAAAAUCAAUUAAGCAUAAUUCAAGAUCAGCAAACUUAAUGUUUUUAAACAUUUUAAAACAUUUUUAUUGUUAAAAACAUUGCGUUUACUGAUCUUGAAUUAUGCAUAAUUGAUUUUCCUAGUUAGUCUCAUGCAAUUAUGUGAACUGAGAUUGUAGAAUAAGAACAUGUCUUGCACUGCAUGGACUUGAUAUUAUCCACAUGAGAUAACAUACGAUACCAUAUGAUAUAAAGAUAACCAUUAAAUUUCUUAAAGGUGGUAAAGGUGGUAAAGAUGAUGACGACGAUGAUGAUGAUGACACAAAAGGUGAUGGCGAGAUCUUGGCAGAACUUGGUGAAACAUUAGCCAAGAGGAUGUUCAGAAUCAAACGCCGUGCGCAAGGAGACACCUUACCUAGUGUUUCUCCAUCUAGCGGUCCUUCUCACAGUCCUUCGCGCCGUCCGUCCAGCGGUGCAACAGGCGGUCCGUCUUGGGGCCCAUCAGGUAAACUUGUAUAUGUUUUGGCUUGUAGAAACGCCAUGCGCAUAUAGAUUUAUUAUUGCAAAGAUUUCCUGCUUUUCCCUCUCACGAACCUUCCUCCUUCGCGCCGUCCGUCCAGCGGUGCAACAGGCGGUCCGUCUUGGGGCCCAUCAGGUAAACUUGUAUAUGUUUUGGCUUUGUAGAAACGCCAUGCGCAUAUAGAUUUAUUAUUGCAAAGAUUUCCUGCUUUUCCCUCUCACGAACCUCGGAAACACGCCGGUAUAUCUAUUUUUUCAAAACUUUCAACCCAAGGUAAACUUAUAUAAGCUAUUAAACAAUUUUUAAAAAAUGGCCAAGAAAUAAAGGGAAACGCUAGUUGUAUUAAAAACAUUAAAAAAGAAAUAUAUUGUGUUUGGAAGAAUUCCCCCCCGGUCAAGCAAUUUCAUGAACGUCUGGCAAAUUUAUGCCCCCCCCCCUUAAAUUUUCUUCCCCCACGCUUAUGUUAGUUUCCUUUCAAAUACUCAUACAGUAUAUUUUUUUUAUUUCUUUCACUCAAACAGCAGGACCAGGGAAGGUAAGACACUAUUCUUUUAUCUUCAGAAUCAAAUAAUUAAUUUGGUAAAUUUGCUCAUAUACUUGAGUAAGGUACAGGACAUUAUUUAUGGCAGGGGGUGGCACCGAAGAGAAAUGUUUUACUUGGUAAAAUUUUACUGAUCCAACCAUUCAAGAGUACAAUAUUUUUCUACCCAACUCAAAUAUCAAUUAAAAUAUAAUAAUUUUAAAAAGCUUUAAAAUGGAUACCAUUCAGUUGUCACACAUGUCCUUUACCACUUCUGUGACAUGGGUUUGAUAAUGGCUUGUGGAAUUUUCUGCAGUCUAAAGUUUCAUGUUGUCUGCACAUGUACUUUCUUUGGAGACACCAUUUACCUCCCGACAAAUUGGAAAAUAAUCAAGAUAGUGACAACGACUGAUUUACAUAUUGUUUUGACAUGUAAUAUUUUCAGUGAAUCAUGCUUUGAAAAUGACAAUAAAUUUUUAUUACCCAACCAUUGAGUCGUUUUGCCAUUUAUUUACCCAACCUUUUACUCAUCCAACACUUUCAGCCACCACACAUCAUAAAUAACGACCACACCCUAAUUUCAUUCAAACUUUUGAGUCACUGUUGGUGUAUUAUUUUAGAGACGUUAUUGAGUCAAAAUACUCAGAGGUGUUUCGUAGUGAAAACUAGACUAUUUAAUUUUUUUUUAAAAAUUUUUGAAGGAAUUAUUAAUGAGUUUUUAAGAACAAAAUAAACUGAAUAAUCAAUUAAAUAGCGCCCUGUUAUUCAUUCGUUAACAAUAUUUUUUUGUUUCUUUUCUAAAGUGUGAUGGAGCUUUGGAAAGAUUCUUCAGGUGCAUGGGAAGUAAGUCGCUUUAAAAGAAUUACUGUAAAUUGAAGUUUUGACUGGAAGGAUCCAAAAAAAUCUUGCCUUUGUUUCCUUAAGAAGCGAAAAUUCUGCUACCCAAUAUACAACAAUAUCAACAACUUAGGCAACAAACGAGUAAAAGUGUCUGGAUUCGUUUGUGACUUAGUAGAGUUGUUAUCUGUUAUCUGUUAAAUGGUUAUUUAAAAUCACCAAAAGACUCUUUUUAAUGACUCAGAUUAAUUUAUUUUCUUUACAGAAAGUAUGGGUGAACGGGAGGAGAACAAAGGCAAGGGUAAUGGCGAGGGUGAAGGCGAGGGUGAAGGUGAAGGCGAGGGUGAAGGUGGAGAAACUAGUGGUGAAUCUGGAGAAACAGUCGAACCAGCCAAACGUCGCGUCCACAAGAGAAAAUUCCACAAAUCUGUCGCCUAAAGAAUUCUCUCAUUAACUUUUUAAUCCUAUGUUUUAAACGUAGACCGACUCAAUUAACUGUGUCAUACAUACAUUCGAUAUUUUUGUAUAAUUUCAUUCCUUAGAAGACGUGAUAUCAGACUGGUUUCUGUAUCGAGAUAACAUUAAAAUACUCUUAAAUUG